AUGGGCUGGCUUCCAUGGUCCUCUGGCGACUCCAACAAAGCCUCGGAUGGCGGCCGCAUUGCCCCGGAUCGCACGAGUCGCGCAAGAUGCUGGGAAGGCCGGGAUGCCUUUUUCGCCUGUCUCGAUCGCAACGAAAUCAUCGACUCAAUCAAAGACGAGAAAGAAGCGCGCCGGAAGUGCGCAAAGGAGGUUGCGGAAUUUGAAGCGGCCUGUUCGGCGACUUGGGUCAAAUACUUCAAGGAAAAGCGAGUGAUGGAGUACAACCGGGACAAGACGAUCGAGCGGAUCAAGAAGGAAGAUGCUGAGAAGGUGAAGGAGCUCAAGUCUCAAGGGUGGAAGUCAUCUUGA